CCCAAGCAUACCAUGGAAGCUAAAAAUAGGAGAUAAUAGUUUUUAUCUAACCACAACUCACAACUUUGUGCAUUGCAUAGAAAAAUCUUUCAACAGGACAUAAGGAUGAAGCGGUUCAUGGCCAUGUUAAACAGGAAUAAAAACAAGGAUCCCCCACCUGCCAAGCUGCUGGAUCUAGCAGGACAGCUUUGCCAGGAUCUCCAGAGCUCAUUUCCCAGUCUGGAGAAGCUGGUUGGGACCAUGAUGGGAUGCAAGCACAAGAUGUAUUUUCUCACUAACAUCCAUGUUGUCCAAGCUUGUGUGUUUGUUCAUAUCCAGAAAGGGCAGCAUGACACAGCCUGCAGACUGCUGGAGUAUAGCAAGGCAGAACAGAAGGAGAAGCUGGUGCAACUUUGGCAUGAGAUUCACUACCGGAGGGUGAUGGAGCAACACCACACAGAUUUUCUGACACCACUGCAGAAGUUCCGUUGCAGGAAGAGGAAUCCUCCACCUAUUUCCCUUUGUCCUGAAGGUUUGAAGAAUCGAAACCAUUCAGAUGAAGUGCGCCAGCAACUGCACAGGUUUGCUGCAGAGGUGACAACAAAUCCAAACAAGAAACAGCGGGAGGGACUGGCUCGGGACAUGAACCUGCAGCCAACUCAGGUCUACAACUGGUUUGCAAAUUACCGACGGCGUAAAAAAUCCAGCCUCUCUCGGAUGGAAAAGCAAAACAGCUCAUGUGCUGAGAGGGCUCUGGCUUAUCCCACAGUGCAGCAGCAGGACAGAGGAUUCUAUGCUCCGCAGAAUGCAGAUGGAUCUUAUCUAGGCAUCAGCUCUGAGCAAAUGGGGAGAACUCUCAUGCCCUUUGACCCAGGAUGGGACCAGUCAGCUGCAGAUCUGGAUAAGCCUCCUGAGGGAACAUAUUUAAAGAUGCUGGAAUCCAGCUUUAUGCCAAGCAGUGAGCUGUAUGAAGUGAGGACCAACACGGCUUUCUUGACCACCCACAGCACUGAACAACCUGUAUCAUUUUGCCCCGAGGCUAUGCUGGAACCAGCCACCUGCUUUAACCCUGCUGUCCUGCAAGCCAGAGAAGCAGCAAGCAGUGCUGAUGCCAACCCCCAGCUGGGUAACUUUGUCCUGUGCCCCUGUGGGUCCCUUACCUUCCCAGAUGAACGGCUGGCCAUGUGGCAGGCCCCUUGCAGCACCAGAGGAGUCUCUGGCUCUAUGUGGACUCCAAGUAUAGAAGUUACUGUCACUCUGUAUUUGGCAAGCCUCAGUGUCCACCUGUUUCUGCACCCUGCAUGGAAGAAAGCCAAGCCUUGGGACAAAGCCAGGUCUUGCAGGAUCCGGUUGGCAACCCAGUAACCAACGACACGUUCUGGGCAGCGUGGCUGCUCUUCGAAUUCUCAGGCAGUGGACGAAUGUGACCCUCCUGCAGAGAUGUUCAGUGUGGUGUGCACUUCCCUAGGAAACACCCCAUCCUUUCCUGGGUGUUCCUUUCCCCAUACUGUUUUUGGUAUGAAUGAGGGGUUUGGCAUGGAGAUGAAUAGACAGUGAGGUAGAAAGAUGAUGAAGGUCUGUUGUAACGGUUGCAAAGUUUGGUUUUGUUACAGUUUGGUUAAGAGUUUUGCAAAGAAUAGAAGACACAAAAGGUGCAUUGUUGACUGCAGGUUUUGACUAGAGCAGGCUAAAGCUGCCCUGCAGAUGCAAAAAAUAUCAAGUCACUGGUUCUGUGGCAGUUAAGUAUUUCUACCCAUAGCACUGGUCAGAUCAGAGUCGUUCAUUACAUGAUGAAGGUAAAUGAAGCUCCUGUACUCAGAAAGAGUAAAAUUCAGUUUUACUGCCUGGCAGUGGAUAUUGGGUAACUUUUUCUCAGGCCUGGAAAGUAAAGUAUCAGCUUAGGGCUGGUAAAAUACUGCUGUUUCUCAUCCUUGCAUCUCUGGUACUGCUGGAUGUAACUGCUGGAGUGUUCAGUACUCCAGAGUGCCACAGGUAACACAGACUGGCAGAAGAUCAGUGCUGAAGUCAAUGUUCUUGCAGUAGGGGGAGGGCCUACCAGUGUUGUCAGUGUUUAAUGCAACCUGUAUCUCAGAUUGCCCAGGAAAGAAGGAUAAAUGUAGGAGGUAGGAGCUGCUGAACUCCUGAUCCAUUGUC